ACAUUAAAUUGUUUAUUAACACAAAUUUGUAUAAUUGUUUUAUAAAACCGUAUCUUACUUUUUAUGAAAAAUUUGUCUUAGCUAGCGUCCGAAUGUAAAGUUAACAUUAAGUUACUUUUUUAUAAUGAAUAGAUAAAAAAUGACGGAUAAAAGAUUUGUUUGUAACAUACUUCCAAAUAUACCAUGGAUGCCAGUAGUGGAAGAUUGUGUAAACUCGACAACAGAAGUAACUAAUGCACUAGAAUAUGCUAAAUAUCCAAAACUAUUAGAAGAUCAAUCAUGGACGAAAGCAGUACCGUACAAAUAUUGGUUUUCCUAUACAAAACCAAGUGAAGGAAUAGGAAGUAUAUAUACUCCUACUUCAGCACAGUAUCGUGUUAAUACUUUAACAAAGAAAGAAAAGCCAUCAAAAUGUUUACCAUUUGGAGUUGAAAAUAAGUUAAGAAUGCCACCACGCGAAUACGUUGAAUUCUACAAAGAAGAGAGACGACGAAAAAGAGCAGAAAAGGAUGAAGAAGAACGAAAUUUUCUUUUAGAUAAUAUUAUUAAUUUGAAAGAUUUGAUAGAUGGUACAUGGUUACAUAGAAAAGCUGAGAAAGAGGCUUAUCAAAAUAUUCAGAAUGGAGAAUUAUUAAUGAAACAAAGAAAAGAUAAAUUGAAGAAAAUCAUUCUUGAGGAAGAAAUUGUACGAAGUAAGGAAGCAGAGAUGCCAAGAUCAAUCGAAGAUCAAUUAGAAGAAUUGAUGAUUCAGGUUGAAAGAGAGCAAAAUCAAAAAAUACGAGACGAAGAUAUUCAAAGACUUUUUUACUUAAGAAACGAGUGCAUUGCCGAUUAUCAUUUAGAACCAUAUGAUUAUAGUAAUAUCGAAAAUGCCAAAAAAUUACUCGUUGGUAGAUUACGAAAACGCAAAGAUUUUGACGGAAUCAUUCAAAAAUUAGAAGGGGAAAUAAUCGAUGAUUAUAAGAAGAGUCUUCGUUACUCCAUAGUUGAUUAUAUUCUUUUGGAUGCGGAAGAAAGAAAACGUUUGCUUAUAGAAACAAUGCCCAUGGAGUAUCCUGUUUUAAUUAUUCAUGCUCCAGUACCGUGGCAUCAAUAUAAAAUUUUAUCUGAUCAUUUUAUGGAAUAUAAUCUUUUCAUAACAAACGAGAUAUUGAGAGAUAUUCGGGAUUUAUGGUUUUCUAAAUACCAUAACACAACGAUUUUUAAAAUUCAAGACUUAGGAACGUUUCCAGUGGCAGCCACGGAAAUUGAACCAAAAGUAAAUGAAUUGUGCGAAAAUGCUGUUUAUGUGCUAACAAAUAAAUGGUUGGCCGAUGUAGCCGAUAUUUUUCUCGAGAAAAAGUAUGCGUGGUCGGGACUUUUUGAAAAAGGGCAACACGCAUCAACGAGUUUAAUUGAAAAAUAUUUUCGAGCCGUUAAUUCUUUAUUGUCAAGACAAUUAAGAAUUAUGAUAAUGAAAACUAUAGAACAUUUUAGAAAUUUUCUUAUGCAAUAUAGAACAGGAAAUUAUUUCGAAGGGGAUUAUAAAGAUUUGAUGUUUAUUAAACCUCCUUUAAUAACAGUAAAUGUAGAAGUGGAAAUUGGAACAACGAGUUUGUAUUGUAAACCAAGUAUUUUAGAUAUACAUACCAUCGUUUCGAGAUGUUUCGAUAAAAUUCUCAAGGUUGCUAUGAUUUUACCCAAAAUCGAAGUGAUUUUAUUUCCUGAAUUGGAUCAAAAAGGUUUUCUGUUCUCAAUAUCACGAUAUGAAGACGAGGUAUUGUUGUUAAUUACCGAUACAUUAGAUACGGUUGGUGUACACAUCGCUGGCCCGCAAGAAUAUCUUAAACGUUAUGAAGAAUUAUUAUACAUAAUAGAUGGAACAGCACAGAAGAAUUUAAAUGAUUUCUUUAAUAUUGAACCAUUUCCAUUUUUGAGAGAGUUCGAGCAAAAGAUUGACUUUUACGACAAUUUAAGCAAAGAAAUAUCUAUAUUUCAAUGCAAGAUACCACUGAAUAUGAUUGAAAUUGAUUGUACCAUUGUAAACGAUACCAUGCGACAAAUACUUCAUGAAUUACGUUCACAAAUUUGUGAUUUUUUUGCGAACGAAUUAAGAUCGAACAAUCGUGAACUGUGUUCUAUCUUUGAUGAAAUAGCAGAAAAUAUUUCAAAGAUGCCAGAAACUACGCAGGAAGUUGUCGAGCUUUAUAAUUAUCUUUGCGAAAGUCGAGAUUCGACGAUGUUCAAUUUGAGGAGUCGAUUGGCACGUUCCGCGGAUUUGACAUUAUUUCUCUUUAAUCAUCAACCAUUGACCGAUGAAGAUAUUCAAUUGAAUUCACGUACUAUAACGUGGCCGAAAGAAAUGGAAACUGUAAUGGAUUUAGCGACAACCAGAUUGAACAUGAGGAAAGAAUUUCUUGAGGGUGUAUUACGAACUAGACGAGAUAAUUUUGAGAAAAAGAUAAAUGCUAUGCAAAAAGCAAUCGAACAAUUCAAAAGAAAGGAUCCGCCUGUAUUAACUAUUGAAGAAAUGGAACAAGCAACCGAAGAGGUAGAGCAAUUGUCAAAGGAUAUGGCGGAUAUAAGAAAAGAAGCGGAAGAGAUCAAUGAAGAAGAAACACUCCUCGAUAUGGAAUUAAGUCCGUACAUGAUGAUACCUGCUAUGUCAUCCAUUGUAGAUGUCUUUGAUAAAUUAUGGCACAUAGCGUUGAGCUUUCACAAGAAUUACGAAAAAUGGUUUUACGGGCCGUUCGUUGGACUUGACGCCGAUGAGAUUCGCGACGAAGUCGACGAGAUUUGGAGAACACUUUACAAAUUAUCACGGGUGCUCAGUGAUAUUCCCGGUGCGAGACGAGUCGCUGAAAUGGUACGUGCCAAAGUAGAAAAAUUUAAACAAUUUAUUCCAGUUCUUCAAACAAUUUGUACUCCUGGCUUAGAAGCUCGACAUUGGGAACAAAUCAGUCAAAUUGUUAAAUUGUCUAUAGAACCCACGGAUACCAGUUGCCUUUCCGAUAUGAUUGAACACGGUUUAUCUGUUCACAUUGAGAAACUUGAAGAAAUUUCGUCGGCUGCUAUUAAAGAACACGCAUUGUUGAGAAACCUGCAAAAGAUGAAAAGCGAAUGGGCUGAGAUUUACUUUGAAUUAACAUUGUAUCGGGAUACUGGUGUAAAUAUAUUGACGGCGGUAGACGAUAUACAAGUGUUGUUAGAUGAUCAUAUAUUAAAAGUUCAGACAAUGAGAGGUUCAGCUUUUGUGAAAGCUUUCGAAGAAGAUAUGCAAGCUUGGGAGGACAAAUUAAUCAUGAUGCAGGACAUUAUCGAUCAAUGGUUGAUGUGUCAAGCUACUUGGAUGUAUCUCGAACCGAUAUUCAGUAGCGAAGAUAUCAUGCGUCAAAUGCCUACAGAGGCCAAAAAUUUUCGACGAAUUGACAAAAUUUGGCGUAACAUUAUGAUAUAUGUGACAAACAAUAAAAGGGUUAUCGAUGCUACUGCUAUGCCGAAUAUGUUGCAAGAAUUUAAGCUUUGCAAUACUUUAUUGGAAGAAAUACAAAAAGGUUUAAACGAGUAUCUGGAAAAGAAACGUUUGUUCUUUCCAAGAUUUUUCUUCUUAUCCAAUGACGAGUUAUUGGAAAUACUUUCAGAGACGAAGGAUCCGCAAAGAGUACAGCCACAUUUGAAAAAAUGUUUCGAAGGUAUAAGCAAGUUACGUUUCACUAAAGAUGAAGAAAUAAUUGGAAUGUUAUCGCGCGAGGAAGAAUAUAUACCAUUGAGUGGAAAGAUUUAUCCUGCCGAUGCAAAAGGCAUGGUUGAAAGAUGGUUGUGCCAAGUAGAGGAACUCAUGAUCGCUUCUCUUCGUGAUAUAGCAGAGGAGAGUAUAAUUUCAUAUUUUGAAAGUGUACGCGAAGAAUGGAUACUUUCUUGGCCAGGUCAAAUAAUUAUUUGCUGCAGUCAGAUUCAUUGGACCAACGAAGUAUGUGAUUCAUUCGAAGACAAAUCAACGUCGGAUUAUUUGAAGAAAUGCGGCUAUCAAAUAGAAAAUACCGUAGCUCUUGUUCGAGGCAAAUUGGACCCAAGUGCUAGGAUAACUUUAAAUGUUUUGAUCGUGAUCGAUGUACAUGCGAGAGACAUAGUCAGUUUGCUCGUUCAAGAAAAUGUUAAAAACGUAAUGGAUUUUAACUGGAUAUCACAACUGCGUUAUUAUUGGAUCAACAACAGCAUCACAGUUGCGAUGGUUACGACUGAAGUUCAAUAUGCCUUCGAGUAUCUUGGAAAUACAUCGCGUUUAGUAAUUACACCUUUGACGGAUCGUUGCUAUAGAACGCUUAUGGGUGCAUUGAAAUUAAACUUAGGUGGAUCACCGGAAGGUCCAGCUGGAACAGGAAAAACCGAAACUGCAAAAGAUUUGGCUAAAGCAGUGGCCAAGCAAUGCGUAGUCUUCAAUUGUUCCGAAGGUCUUGAUUACAAAGCAAUGGGGAAAUUUUUUAAGGGCAUAGCACAGUCUGGUGCUUGGGCAUGCUUCGAUGAAUUUAAUCGUAUAGAACUCGAGGUUCUUUCCGUUAUUGCUCAACAGAUCUUGUCCAUACAGAUGGCGAUAAGUAUGAAAUUAGAAAAGUUCAUAUGCGAGGGUACCGAAAUUAAAUUAAAUCCUACUUGUUACGUUAUCAUUACGAUGAAUCCUGGUUAUGCUGGACGUCAAGAACUUCCGGACAACUUGAAGGUACUAUUUCGAACCGUUGCCAUGAUGGUACCAGAUUACGCUAUGAUUGGAGAAAUUACUCUUUAUUCUUAUGGUUUCACCGAUGCUAAGAAUCUUGCUGAGAAAAUAGUUCAUACAUAUAAGUUGUGUUCGGAACAAUUGAGUUCACAAAAUCAUUACGAUUACGGUAUGCGAGCAGUAAAAACUGUUCUAAUUGCUGCUGGCAAUCUGAAAUUGAAACAUCCAACACGGGACGAGUCCGUCAUAGUUCUGCGAGCGAUCGUAGACGUUAAUCUUCCAAAAUUUUUAGCUCAAGAUGUACCUUUAUUCAAUGGAAUAUAUACCGAUCUAUUUCCAGGUAUUACCUUGCCUCAACCUGAUCGUGGAGAACUUAUAGAUCGUCUCAAAAUUAGUUUAGAGAAAAAAAAUCUUCAAGCUACUUCUUGGUACAUAGAGAAAAUCAUACAGAUUUACGAAAUGAUAUUAGUACGUCAUGGAUUAAUGAUCGUUGGUAAUGCAUUAGGAGGUAAAACUCAAGCAUAUCAGACAUUAGCAGAAUCAUUGGGUGAUCUUGCUGGAAUAAGAAGAGCCACUAUGAGAGAAUUUAAAACAAUUUAUAGGAUAAUUAAUCCAAAAGCUAUUACAAUUGAUCAAUUGUAUGGUAGCUUCGAUCCGGUGUCUCAUGAAUGGAAUGAUGGUGUACUAGCUAAUACUUUUCGUGAGUUUGCACAAUCCUUGUCCCUGGAACGAAAAUGGAUUGUCUUCGAUGGUCCAGUGGAUGCGAUAUGGAUCGAAAGUAUGAACACAGUAUUGGACGAUAAUAAAAAGCUUUGUUUAAUGUCCGGUGAAAUUAUUCAAAUGUCCAACAAAAUGAACAUGAUAUUCGAGCCAGCUGAUCUAGAACAUGCAUCGCCAGCCACCGUUAGCAGGUGCGGAAUGAUCUACAUGGAACCUUCUCAGCUUGGUUGGAUGCCAUUUUUUGAAUCUUACAAAAAAUAUCUCAAAGAAAAAUUACUCUUAGAGCAAUUCGAGCUUAUCGUAGAAAUAAUCGAAUGGUUGAUCGAACCGGUCUUAAUGUUCAUUAAAUAUAACUGCACGACAUUCAUCGAUACGUCAGAGCUUCAUAUGUUUUUGUCGCUAACAAGGCUCUUGACUAUAAUGCUAGAAGAAGAGACUCAAGUUAGUACGGUGUGGCUGCAAUGUGUGCUAUUAUUCUGUAUUAUUUGGGGUAUUUGUCCAACAUUAAUUGGCAAUAGCAGGAAAAUAUUCGAUUCCUAUUUUCGGAAACUAUUACUCGGUAAUAUAGAUAAAUAUCCAAGGCCUAAGGCAUUUAAGUUGACGAAACAACAAUUAUUUCCCGACAGAGAUACUAUUUACGAUUGGGUGUAUGAUAAAAAAAAUAAUGGAUGUUGGAUAUCAUGGAUGGAUACUAUGGCACAAGUACCUUUACCAGCACAUGCUAAAGCAAGCGAGCUCAUUAUACAAACUACUCAAGUUUCUAUGCAACGAUUCUUUAUAAAAAAUUUUUUACACAAGAAUGUACCAAUAUUGUUUGUAGGACCAACUGGUACUGGCAAAUCAGCGAUAAUUCUUAAUUAUUUAGAAGAAUUACCACGAGAACAACACAUCGAAAAUGUUAUAAACUUUAGCGCUCGUACGAGCGCUUCACAAACUCAGGAAAUUGUGAUGUCUAAAUUAGAUCGAAGAAGAAAAGGAGUUUAUGGGCCAGCGAUGGGUAAAAAGUGUGUACUCUUUGUAGAUGACUUGAGUAUGCCACAGAAAGAGACAUACGGAGCACAACCACCUAUUGAAUUAUUACGUCAGUUCAUAGAUCAUGGUUAUUGGUUCGAUCCAAAGGAAACGAGUAUAUUAUAUUUAGUAGAUAUUUUAUUAAUCGCAGCUAUGUUACCACCGGGAGGUGGUUCUAACGUUGUUACCCAUCGACUUACUCGUCACAUGCAUAUAAUUGGUAUAGAAUUUUUCGAAGAGGCUACAUUGAGUAAAAUUUUCACCUCAAUUCUCGAAUGGCAUUUCGCUAAAGGUUUCGUAUCGGAAGUUUCUCGAUUAGGAAAAAUGAUUGUUAACGCUACUAUGGAUAUAUUUCUAACUGCUAUCGAAAGAUUUUUACCUACACCGGCUAAAAGUCAUUACACCUUUAAUUUGCGAGAUUUCAGUCGCGUGAUCGGAGGUAUAUUAUUGGUACCAGCAGUUAGAAUGAAAGAUCCCGAUAAACUCAUUAGAUUAUGGAUACACGAGGUAUAUAGAGUUUUUCAUGACAGGCUUGUCGAUGACGAUGAUCGUGACAUGCUUUUCACUAUGGUAAAGCAUACAUGCUAUGAACACUUGCGUCAACCAUUAGAAAAAGUUCUUGCCAAUUUUUUAAAAGAGGACGAAAAAAUCAUAAAGAGUACUCAUAUUCGUGAUUUAUUCUUCGGCAAUUACAUGGAACCUGAUGCCGAUCCCAAGAUUUACGACGAAGUAACGAAUUUGGAAGAUUUGCAAAAGAAAAUGGAUUAUUAUUUGAACGAAUACAAUAUGAUAUCGAGAUCACCGAUGUCUUUAGUUCUUUUUAGAUUUGCUAUAGAACAUAUUUCUCGUAUUUCUCGAGUACUAUUACAAGACAACGGCCAUGCUAUGCUCGUUGGAAUUGGUGGCUCAGGUAGAAAUUCUUGUACGAAAUUAGCGACUAGUAUGUCCGAGUAUAUGUUGUAUCAAGUUGAAAUGUCUAGAACUUACGGAUAUACCGAAUGGCAAGAUGACUUAAGACAACUUUUGUUACACAUUGGAUGUGAUGGAAAACCUACGGUAUUUCUAUUUGCAGAUAAUCAAAUAACAGAUGAAUCCUUCGUUGAAGAUAUAAAUAUACUUCUUAAUACCGGCGAUGUACCGAAUUUAUAUGGUACCGAAGAGAUGGCUGUGAUUUUGGAAAAGAUGAUGAACGUAGCACGAGAAACGGGUGGUAAGAAAGUAGAGACUACGCCGUUGACGCUUUACAAUCUUUUCAUCGAAAGAAUAAAGAAAAACCUUCACAUAGUACUCACCAUGUCACCGAUCGGUGAUUCAUUUAGAAUUCGAACUAGGAUGUUUCCUUCUCUAAUCAAUUGUUGUACCAUAGAUUGGUACACUUUGUGGCUAGAGGAUGCUCUUGAAAAGGUAGCCAGAACGUCAUUACAAAAUUUGAACAUUGGUUCUGAAUUACGAGAGAAGUGUGUUCACAUUUGUAAAGAAUUUCACAUGAGUGUUUCCGUCGCAAGCGAGGAUUAUUACAAGAAUCAUCAUAGAAGAUAUUACGUAACUCCUACGAGUUUUCUACAACUAAUAUCGUCUCUUUAUAGACUUUACGGAGAAAAAGUCAAUCAAAUUACAAACCAAGAAAGUCGAUACGUUACUGGAUUAGAAAAGUUGGAUUUCGCGGCAGGACAAGUGGCUGUGAUGCAAGAGGAAUUAAAAAUGUUGCAACCAAAAUUAGUGGCGCAAUCACAGUUGAGCGAUAAACUUAUGAUAAGAAUCGAACAGGAUACCAUCAACGUAGAAGCUAGAAAAGAAAUAGUAGCUGCAGAUGAAGCAUUGGCUAACGAAGCUGCUGCUGCCGCUCAAGCUAUUAAAGAUGAUUGUGAGAGUGAUCUAGCUGAAGCUACGCCUGCAUUAGAAGCGGCUCUGGCAGCAUUAAAUACAUUGAAACCAGCAGACAUUACUAUCGUCAAAUCCAUGAAGAGUCCACCAGCCGGUGUCAGAUUAGUUAUGGAGGCUGUUUGUGUAUUGAAAGGUGUUAAACCUGAAAAGAUACAAGAUCCCAAAACCGGUAAAACUGUUGAAGAUUAUUGGCUAGCUUCCAUUAGAAUGCUCGGUGAUAUGAAAUUUCUUGAUAGUUUGAAAAAUUUCGACAAGGAUAAUAUACCACCCGCGUACAUGAAAAUAAUUCGUGAUAAAUUUAUAAACGACAGAAGUUUUCAGCCUGAAGUUAUUAAAAAAGUAUCUACUGCUUGCGAAGGUCUUUGCAAAUGGGUACGUGCUAUGGAAGUUUAUGAUCGCGUUAUCAAAGUUGUAGCACCGAAAAGAGCAAUGUUAGCCGAGGCCGAGGCUGAAUUAGCAACACAAAUGGAAAUGUUAAAUGCUAAGAGAGCACUUUUGCAAGAAGUUACGCAAAAAUUGCAAUCCCUUAACGAUGAAUUUGCGGAAUGUAUGAGAGAGAAAAAGAAACUUGAAGAUCAGAUCGAUCAUUGUACUCAAAAAUUGGAUAGAGCUGAAAAAUUAUUGGGUGGUUUAAGUGGAGAAAAAACUCGAUGGAACGAAACAGCGAUGGCACUUGGUGCCAGUCUCCAAAGCGUUAUCGGAGAUGUAUUGUUGUCUUCCGGUGUUGUCGCUUACUUGGGUGCCUUUACCAUAGAUUAUAGAAAUGAUCUUAUAAGUCAAUGGCACGCAUCAUGCACAAGAGCAAAUAUUCCAUGUGGAAAGCAUUUCAAUUUGAUAGAUAUCCUUGGUGAACCAGUGAAAAUCAGAGCAUGGACGAUUUAUGGAUUACCUGCGGAUAAUUUUUCUAUAGAAAAUGGCAUAAUCGUAAUGAAUGCUGAUCGAUGGCCUCUCAUGAUAGAUCCACAAAAUCAAGCUAAUAAAUGGGUUAAAAAUAUGGAAAAACAAAACAAAUUAUCUAUUAUAAAACUAACCGAUCCUAAUUACGUCAGUGUCGUAGAAACGGCGUUGCAAUUCGGUACGCCAGUUUUGUUGGAAAAUAUUCUUGAAGACAUAGAUGCGAUAUUAGAGCCAGUGUUAAUGAAAAAUGUUUAUAAACAAAGAGGCAUAUCGUACAUUAAAUUUGGAGAAAAUGUUCUUGAAUAUAACUCGAAUUUUCGUUUCUACAUCACAACUCGUUUACGAAAUCCCCAUUAUCUACCAGAAAUAGUAGUAAAAGUAACAUUAUUAAAUUUUAUGAUUACGCCUCAAGGUUUAGAGGAUCAACUUUUAGGAAUAGUCGUCGCACAGGAAUUACCGAUUCUCGAGGAAAAAAAGAAUCAAUUGAUUGUCGAAGGUGCAAACAAUCGACGUAUAUUAAAGGAAAUAGAAGACAAAAUAUUGGAAGUCCUAUCAACUUCGAAAGGAAAUAUAUUGGAAGAUGAAACAGCUAUAAAAAUACUUUCCACUUCGAAAGUGUUGUCGGAAGAUAUCGAAGCAAAACAACAUGCAGCUGCUAAAACGGCAGUUGAAAUCGAUCAGGCUCGUAAUGGUUACAAACCAGUUUCAAAGCAUGGCUCAGUACUUUUCUUUUGUAUUUCCGAAUUAGGCAAUGUCGAUCCUAUGUAUCAAUAUUCAUUGUCAUGGUUUAUUCAUCUUUAUAUCAUGUCGAUAACCAACAGCGAAAAAUCGAUUAAUUUAAAUGUACGAAUGAAAAAUCUCAAUUCUCACUUUACAGCGAAUAUCUACAGAAACGUAUGUCGUUCCCUCUUUGAGAAACAUAAAUUGAUGUUCUCGUUGAUACUGUGCGUUGGUCUCAUGCGUGCCGAAGGAAAAUUAAACGAAGAUUUAUGGACGUUUUUAUUAACAGGAGGAAUUGCAUUGGACAAUCCUUAUCCAAAUCCAGCACCAUCCUGGCUUUCUGAUAAAUCCUGGUCAGAAGUGGUACAAGCAACCGCUUUACCUGGUAUGGAAAGAUUUAAAAUGUCUUUAGAACAAUAUACUUCAAUGUGGAAAGAUUGCUACGACUUAUCAAAUCCAGAAAAAGAAAAAUUACCGACACCAUUCGAACACCUAGAUGCUCGAAAUCUUGAAAAACUUAUUAUUAUUCGAUGUAUCAGGCCUGACAAAAUUGUAACAUCUAUUCAAAAAUUUAUAAUAGAAAAUAUGGAUCAAUCUUUCGUUGAGCCCCCACCAUUCGAUCUUCAAGGAUCAUACAACGAUUCUAGUAAUAUCACACCUUUGAUUUUUAUACUUUCUCCGGGUUCUGAUCCGAUGGCAGGUUUAAUUAAAUUCGCCGAGGAUAAUGGUUUGUCCAAAAAAGAUCUAAUGACCAUAUCAUUAGGUCAAGGCCAAGGUCCGAUAGCAACCAAUAUGAUUCAACAGAGCAUCCAAACCGGUGAAUGGGUCAUUUUACAGAAUUGCCAUCUCGCUGUCUCCUGGAUGAAGGAAUUGGAUAGAAUUUGUGACGAAAUCAUUACACCAGAAAAUACGCACCCCAAAUUUCGAUUGUGGCUUACGAGUUAUCCAUCCGAAGGAUUUCCUGUUUCCAUCUUACAGAAUGGCGUUAAAAUAACAAACGAACCACCCAAGGGCUUGAAGAAUAACUUAUUGCGUAGUUAUUUGAAUGAUCCUAUUUCUGACAUGGAAUUUUUUCAUAGCUGUUCUAAAAUAUUGGAAUGGAGAAGCCUUUUGUUUUCCUUGUGUUUCUUUCAUGCCGUAGUUCAAGAAAGACGAAACUUUGGACCAUUAGGAUGGAAUAUUCCUUACGAAUUUAAUGAAUCCGAUUUACGCAUUAGCAUUUUACAAUUGCAGCUGUUUUUAAAUGAUUACGAAGAUAUACCAUUCGAUGCGCUUCUGUAUUUAACAGGAGAAUGCAAUUACGGAGGACGAGUAACGGACGAUAAAGAUAGACGUUUACUUAAUUCAUUAUUAAAAAAUUUCUAUAAUCCAGAAGUCGUUACAAAUAGACAAUAUUCCUUCUCUCCGAGUGGAAUUUACCACUUACCUAAAAACACCGAUUACGAAGGAUGUAUCGAUUACAUAAGAAAUUUACCUAUUAAUCAGGCACCUGAGGUAUAUGGUCUGCACGAUAAUGCAGAUAUUACAAAAGAUAAUCAAGAAUCCAUGCAAUUACUUGCGGAUGCUCUCUUGACGCAACCACAAAUAAGUGGAGUAACUGCUGAACGAGAUGUUGAUGAAAUGGUGUAUAAUCUCGCUGCUGAUAUAUUAUCGAAAAUGCCAGCACAAUUUGAUAUGGUAGAAGUUGCGGAAAAAUAUCCCGUGUUGUAUAUGAACAGUAUGAAUACCGUUUUACGACAGGAACUAAUUAAAUUUAAUCAGUUAACAAGUGUUAUAAAGAGUACGUUGACAAAUGUACAGAAAGCCAUAAAAGGUCAAGUAUUGAUGUCACCGGAAUUGGAAGAGGUAUUUACUUGUAUGAAUAUCGGUAAAGUACCUUCUGCGUGGGAUAGAAAAUCGUACCCUUCGUUGAAACCAUUAGGAAGUUAUGUUAACGAUCUAUUAGCAAGAAUACAAUUUUUACAAGAUUGGAUUGAUAAUGACGCACCAGUUAUAUUUUGGAUCUCCGGUUUUUUCUUUACUCAGUCAUUCCUUACCGGGGUUUUACAAAAUUAUGCUCGCAAACAUAAGAUACCUAUCGAUCUGAUAGAGUUUGAUUUUGACGUUACGAAAUUUGAAACAACGGUUGAUAAUUCACCGUCUAGUGGUGUUUAUAUAAGAGGUCUUUUUCUAGAAGGUGCAAGGUGGAACAGAGAGACGGGUUCGUUAGAUGAAUCAAGACCUAAAGUUAUGUUUGAUUCUUUGCCUAUAAUUUGGUUGAAACCAACUCUAAAAUCCGAACUUUCAUUUCCACCGGUUUAUCAUUGUCCCAUUUAUAAAACGAGCGCGCGACGUGGUGUCUUAGCAACAACAGGACAUUCUUCAAACUUUGUCAUGUAUAUUUUUCUUCUGACAUUAAUCGAUGAAUCGCAUUGGAUAAAUAGAGGUGUUGCCAGUCUUUGCCAGCUGGAUGAUUAAAAUAUAUUUAGCCUGAAAAUAACUAGUUUUAUCCUAAAUAUGGUCAAAGUAUUUUAGUACUGGGUAUAUAAAAUAUAUAAGGAACACAAUAUGAAUCAAUAUAAAUAUUGUAUUCCUUGGAAAAUAAUUUCAACCAAAUGUGUAAUUUUCGUGUACUUUCAUAACACGAUUUAAUUAUAAAUACAUAUAUUUAUCUACAACAACUUGACAUAUUUCAUCUUAUUUCAAAUUUAUGCUUUCAUACAAUACAAUAUAUGUAUAUAUAAAAUAUGGAAUAUAUAGAAUGAAACAAUUUAAACAUAACUAUGUAUUCAUUCUUCGAUAAAUCAAGUAUAACAACAAUGAAGUUAAAAUUGUUUCUUUGAUUAUGUACAAUACAGUACCUUAGAUCUAUAAUCCAUCUAACAAAUUGAAUCAGUAGAGGAAGACAUACGCACAACACAGAUAAAACAAAGCACGUAAUAGAUUGCAGCUAUUGGUCGGCAAAUGGUAAUCAAUUGUUAAAUUAAAGAGCUAAUUUACAUAUUUAAAUCAUUGUUGGAAUUUGCUUCCAUUUUCUGCCCGGAGAAGAAUAAACGUGCAUUUGUGUAUGUGUGUGUGUGUGUGUGUAUUUUUACCAUUAUUGAUUCAACACUUUAGACGAAUCAUAGUUUGAUUAUUAUCCUGUAAAAAUCCUAUGAAUGUUCAACAAAAAUAUUGGAAAAGUUUUUCUACAUCAGAUUCAUAACCGAACGUACAAAUAUUUUCUACAAAGAA